AUGAGUGAGGGUGCUAAUGGGGAUGCUGUUCCCGAAUCACGGGAGGAAUACAGUGUAAACACUGCCGCAGCUGCGGUAGCGGCCAUAAACGGGGCGAUCGACGGUUUGGAGAAGACUGAUGGGAUAGACCCGGCGACUGCUGAAACUGCUCACGGGGAUGAAGAAGCACCUGCUGUCGAUAGCGUUGCGAGGUCAGAGACACCUGUGGUGGAAAAUGCAGACACGACGGAGGAACGACCUGUCGUAAACACAGACGCUGCAGAAUCACCUGUCGUAGAGGACACAGCGACUACUGAGGAGACUGCUAGUCGUGAGGGGACCACACCUUCCGUUACCCCUGGUGAGACUACAACUGCCACACAACCAGGAGAAAGAAGCAGGAAACAUAUUGCCAAUGGUUACGGUUCUGAUUCUGAUUCUGAUUCUGGUGAAGAUGAUGGUGCAGCGUCGGGCCGUUCAGGAGGUACGCGGGUCACGGGCUCCCAGAACGCAUACGACAGUGAUGAUAAUAAUGUUGGAGGGCAACAACUAACGAAACGUCAACAACUGGAAGAAAAACUGGACGCUCUGCUUAAGAAACCGAAGGUCAGGCGGACACGCCGUGACGAGGAUGAUCUAGAGCAAUUCUUGGAUGAAAAGAUCUUGAGGUUGAAGGAUGAAAUGAAUGUUGCUGCUCAGAUGGAUAUUGACACUUUGAACAAGAGGAUUGAAACCGGGGACAGUAGCCAAGUGGCCAUCCAAAAGGUGAAGUUGCUCCCCAAAGUGGAAAGCAUACUGUCGAAGGCGAAUCUUGCCGACACUAUACUCGACAACAAUCUUCUACAAAGUGUCCGGAUCUGGCUGGAACCUUUACCGGAUGGUUCUCUUCCUUCCUUUGAGAUUCAGAAAUCUCUGUUUGCCGCUAUUAAGGAUCUACCGGUCAAGACGGAGCACCUAAAGGAGAGUGGGUUGGGUAGAGUCAUGAUUUUCUAUACCAAGUCUAAACGUGUUGAGCCACAGCUUGCCCGGAUCGCGGAACGGUUGAUUGCUGAAUGGACCAGGCCUAUUAUCGGCGCCUCGGAUAACUAUAGAGAUAAACGGAUCACGCAGUUGGAGUUUGAUUCCGAGAAACUGAGAAAAAAGAGCGCUUUGAACUCUGCCAAGAGGAGAAAGAAACAGAGAACUGUUGAGGAUGGUUCCGCGGAUAGUGGGUCCACUUCACAAUCGCUGUACGAACAAGCUGCCGCGAGGAGAAACAGAGCCGCUGCUCCUGCUCAAACGACAACCGACUACAAAUACGCGCCGAUGAGCAACGUGAUGGCUGUUGGCAAUAACGCCAGAUCCACUGGUGUCGGUGCCUCCCUGAAUAACAGUGAUUUGUACAAGAGGCUGAACUCGAGAUUAAACAAGAAGAAGUGA